CCAAGUCUGCCUCUUCCUUACGGUGGUAUGGUACCAAGAAGGUCGCUGGAGAGCUCUCCCUAUGGGCAGGUCCUCCAUGUGCGUAGACGAGAAAGAGGGCGAGGUGCGGGAGCUUCUCCGGUACAAGAGAGGCUUCCAAAGACAAUGAUGGUGUCUUCCAAGACGGCAGACACCUUGCCAGCUGCACCACCACGCCAAGCUGUUGCUUCUCUGGCAGCUACUCGCCCUCGUCCCCGUUCUCGUCCUCGCCGCAGCCGUCCUCGCUCCCUUCCGUAUCAUGAGGCUGGCUCGGCUGGCAGUGAGUCGUUCUCGGCUGGCACUCGCUCUCGUGCGCGGCCUCGCUCACUGCCGCAGGACCAAGCUGGGCUGGUUGCUGCCACACUUGGCGGCUUUGAUACUUAUCUAGCGAAUCAUGUCACCUCCGGAUCGUCGCUAUCGCGGUCAAGCUCGCGCUCCCGCUCGCCAGCCUCUACCGUGGCGAGCACCAGCUCCUGUGCUCGGCUCAGUGAUGGCGCUCGUGGUGGGCGCGGGGCGAGCCGCACCAGCAGUCGGUCGCGCAGUGCACGUCGCCGCCGCCGCCCGGCACCACUCUCUCUUGCCAAGCUCCCGCUUGGUUCGCCGCAGCUCGUCGCGGACUCGGCGCCGGUCCGGAUCCCGAGUCGUGCUAAGCACAGUGCCAACAAGGCGCUCUCGCUUGAGAUGCUGCUGAGCUCGAGCCCAGACGCGCCACGAAUUCCAACACCGAGCUAUGCUGCUCACCGGAGCCCAGACGCCAGACCGGCGUCGCUCCCGUAUGAGCCGAUCAAGUUGAAGUACCAUGUCCCGGCGCCGAUCUACGUUGCCCAUCGGGCGCCGAUGCAUGCCGCGCACGCGAGGGCAGUCACUGAAGAGUCUGGAGCAGACUCGGACGUCUCAUCUGAGAGUGGGACUGUUGACGAUGAGCGACUCGGCUACACCGGUGGCAGCGAGUCGACGUCCGUCUCACCGACACCCGAGAACGUGUUCCAAGGCGCCCACCCGCUGUUGAUCCCAAGCCAACCCAUGUCCAACACGAGUCGCCAGUGCCGCUAACUGCGCCGGACUCCCCGCGCCGAACUUCCCACCCGCUGUCGAUCCCAAGCCAACCCAUGCCCAACACGAGUCGCCAGUGCCGCUAACUGCGCCGGACUCCCCGCACCGGACUCCCCACCCGCUGUCGAUCCCAAGCCAACCCAUGCCCAGCAAGACGAGUCCGCCACUCUCUCGCCGUGUACGCCUGAACUUCCAGCGCCGGUAUCAUCGUCGACCAAUGACCUCCCGUCGUCGUUGUUGCUUGAACUGGCCUCUCCUGGGCCGGUCUCCGACUCUGACCCACCUCCUUUGCGGCAAGCAUCCAACUCGAGUGACGACGAGUCGAGCUUUGGCUCUUCGCUCGCAUCCCCGCCCUCCUCUUCCUCCUCUUCAUCGUCGUCGAGCUCGACGUCAAGCCAAUGUUCCAGGUCGUCCGCCGCUGGCAACCCGCCGCCGCUUGUCUGCGUACUUAAUUACGGCACCGAACAGUCGAGCAGUUCACUCGUCGAGUCGGAUCCACUGUCGAUGCCGGCAACGCCAUCGAGCUUCUUGCCGUCGAUGCUGGCAAAGCAGACAUCGACUGAAUCGACGCUCAACACGCCCGGUACCGGCGGCUCGGGCCACUCAGCGUCGUCUUUUGGGAUAGGCUUCAUCUCGUCGUCGUUUUUGGUCGACAUGCCGACGCUCAACUACGACGACGUGCCGGUCAUGGACGAUUUGCCAACCGCGCCGCUGAUGCCACACCUCUCUCCCCCAUCGUCCCAACUCUCGACCAAUCGCAACCCGCCGCACAUCUCUAUCGGCCCGCCGACGCCUUCGAUCAUUGCCACGCCGCAGCACUCGUCACGCGCUGCGCUGCUGCCCUCGCCGUCGUGUGAAAGCUCCAUUCCCGACGCGGACGUGGUGGUCUUUGCCGCUCACCCGGAGAUUGGCUCGAAAACCUGCCCCGACUCGGACCUGUCAGUGGCUUCAGAUUCUGCUCCGCUGCAGGCAGCGUGUGAAGUGGACACUAGCCCUGGUGUGGGCUCGCGCUCUGCCGCUACCGACACCGGCUCCGAGCACUCAACCUCUCACCUCUCGCAUUCGUCGUCAGCGCGGUUCUCUCCACGAGGACUCCUUGUCGCGCGCGCGCGCCGUGUAUCGUCUGGCUCCGGGAGCGACACCGGCAUCAUGCCGUCGUUCUCGAACGUCUCCAACAUGUCCAACAUGUCGGCACUCAACACCUCUCAUCUCCUUGAUCGCGACCGCCUCGAGUGGCACGCACGGCUUCAAUCACGGUCGGCGUCGGCGGUUGGACUCGACCAGUCGAGAGACUCCAUCUCUGAGAUGGGCUCGUUUCCGGUCAUUUCGCCGUCGAGCUCGAUGCUGCUUGGCGAUGUCCUCGCGCCGGUGCCGUCCCACGACAGCGCAGGCAUUGUCGAGGCCACACCAUCGAACCGCAGCCCAACCCUGAGCCUGUCGUCGACGUCGUCAUCGAACGCCCGACCGCUGUUAAGCUCGUCGCGCCCGUCGCAUCAACCUGACCGCUCGGAGCCGUUGGCGAGCUCGUUGUCGCUCCGCGAGUCGGAGCACUCGUUGCCUACCAUCACUUCUGGCGCCAGCACGCUGCACGUGUCAGACAAGUCAAGCUGCUCAGCGUCGGCGCGUCCGCCACGCGAGCGGCUCGGUGCUGUCAUAUUGCCACUCGACACAAACCCGGAGCGCCGUCCGCAGAACAUCGCCUCGCCGUCCUCGCCCAACGCCCGGCAGACGCUCGGAAACAUCGCUCACGCCCUCGACACCGUCCCAUCGCCCGUCUCGCUUGACUCGUCGUUUUCGUCGUCGCCGGCACCGCCGUUUCAGCCCGCGCAGCCCAGCGACAACGCUUCUGUGCCGCUGUCGACACCAAGCCGCAGCAGGUCCCGGCGUGGUUCGCGCAAAGGCCCAUCCAAGCAUGUCCGUUCACGGCGGGUUCGUCGGCGCAAGCGGCGAGUUGACUCGACAGCCACCCGCAUCGCGCCACCAACACCUCCGUCCAUACCAGUCACGCCAACAGCACUGACGGCGCCGGUCCGGCCGCGGCCAAUUCCACCGCGCGCUCGUGAGAGGCUCGCUCAGCCUGGUAUGCCCAUGCUCGACGUAUCGCACAACCCGCCGCUCAUCCCGCCAGGCACCUCGCCGCGCUCGCCGCUCCAAAGCGAUGCCGUCUCGGUCGCCGCUGCCUUUUCGCUUUCACGCAGCCAGGCCGGUGGUAUCCACACCCCGACCGCCGGUUCGGUUGCCUCGGUAGCUUCGGCCUUUGGUCGUCCUUCAACCGGCGCGCCUCUCGCCAGCGAGUACCGCGCCGCCCGCUCCGAGCAGCUUGCUCUGUCACGCGCCGGCCCGCGCGCUUACUCGCCGCCACUCGGUGAGCCAGCCGUGGCGCGACUCUCGUCUGAUGGCAUCCCGUCCUCGGUUGGUUCGCCAGCCUCGACCUGCACCGCCAACACCUCGAACACCUUUACCCUUAACUCACCCGCCGCAACCUCGCGCGAGCGCAACCUCUCGCUCUACUUUGACGCCGCCAUGCAGCUGUUCUUCGACCCGACCACCCACACAUACUAUGAGCUCGACUUUGACGCCAAGUAAAGCUCAUCACAUCGCA